AUGGCAGACGCGCAAGAACUGCGCACAAAAUUCCUGCAUAACUCCGCUCGAAUGAUUCUUCUGUCCAGUCCGUCGACCUCGAGAUACCUGGCACAUCAAAGCGUUGAACUCGACUAUGCCCAGUCUACGAAGAGCUCAAGCUCUGCAGAGACUGUGUGUGCGGCGUGCGGCAACUUGCUCUUGCCGGGAUGGACAGCAUCUACACGCAUCGUGACUCGAACUACCGCUACCACAUCCAAAACAACGUCUCGGAGCAACAAUCGAAAGAAGAUAUUAUCACGCAGAUGCGCUACAUGCCAGAGAAUCUCCAAGCAAGUGGCAGAUAUCUCAGUGGAUGCUCGACGGCGCAGGCGAACGCCUGCUGCCAGUGUUUCUGAGCAUCGCCACAUGGACGUGGUGCCAGCAGAGUCGCCUGCCGAAAGCGCGCCAGAAAAGACCACCAAAACCAGCAGCAAAAAGAGAGCUAAGGCGAGGAAGGACCGCGAAGGGCUGCAGGCGUUACUCAACAAAAGCGCACAGAACAAAACUGGUCCAAGUCUCAACCUGAUGGAUCUCAUGAGGCAACCAUGA